GUGAGAGACACCUGAGUUCCGUGAUUUCGCGCCAUAUGGCAUACUCUAAAUCCAUUCCGAACUCGCCGAGGGAGAUGCAACAAUCUUUCUUUCAUGUUGUGGCGCCCGAAAGGCUGAUUACAUCGUGCCCACGUGCAAGAAAACAGGAGCAGAUCAUUCGGCCUCCUUGUCGUGCCUAGGCUUACCUACUUGGCAAACAUAAGAUGAAAGUGAGAGCUUACGGCAACUCCUUCUCCUCCAACACAAUUACUUUUGUAUUUGCGGAAUUACUUUAGUUUUGUCCUGCUCGCGCUUAUUUGCAAAGAUGCCGACAUUUCGUCGCACAGGUGUUGUGGUCUUCACGCUACUUGCACUUCAUCCCAUUCUAUCAGAAGUCUUAUAUCCACUUACCUUUCUGAUUCGGAACCAUCCUCGUUUCUUAAAGACUGUCAAUGAGCUGCCUAAGCAUAAGAUCAAAUGGCAGAAUGACGUCCGGAAUUGUGAAGACGUGGUUCUGGAUGAAUCUUCAGGAACGGCCAUCUUUAGUUGUGAUCCAGGACGAGACAAGUGGAACACAGUGAUGGGAACUUUCAUCAGCGCCACAGACAUGACAGGAUGGAUCUAUUACUAUCAAUAUGCCCAAGGCUCUCUUGAGGACGGUAACAUCAGUAAAAUGGAGAUUGAAGGGUUCAGCGACGAGAAGAAAGCGGUUUUCCACCCUCUUGGAAUGGCAUUUUUACCGGAAACCCGCAAGUUGUAUGUGAUAAACCACGGAGAGCACCCCCCUGGAAUGGAGAUAUUCAAAGUUAAUGAUGCUACGAACAAGUUGACAUACGAACGAACCGUCAAAAACGCGCUUAUGAGGACACCAAAUUCUGUGCUACCCAUUAGCGAACAUGAGAUCUACUUCACAAAUGAUCAUUACUAUCCGGUUCGGGAGAAUAAGCUGCUCUCCAUGGCUGAGAACUUCCUAAAGAUUGCGAGAGGCAACGUCGUGUACAUGAAUCUCAAAACUCAGGAAGCGAAAAUCGUAGCGCAGGUCGGAUUUGCAAACGGUAUUGCUCGUCUAAACUCUACGCACAUCGCAUUGGCAUCGACCACUGGGCUGUCCGUCUAUGUCUUUGAGAUUGGUGCGGACCACGAAUUACACCAAACUCUUAGGAUCGAGUGCAACUUCUGGGUCGACAAUCUGAAAACGGACGCAAAUGGGAAACUUCUGAUCACUGGCCACCCACAACCGCUUUUGCUCGAAAAGGUUGGUAAGGAACAGCACAAGUACAACUUGGAUGCAGGCAGGACAGACGGCUUGGAUCCUGCUGGUAGACCGCAUGCACCUAGCUGGGUUGCCGAGUGGGAUGGCAACGCGGAAGGAAAAAUCAAGAAUUUGUACAUUGGGAGUGAUUACGGUAUGAGCACCUCAACUGUCAGAGACGUGAAUCGCGGGGUCGGUUUUAUAGUUGGACUUUAUGAGCGUGGCAUCCUACAGUUUCAACAGUGAGGAAGUCUAUGACCACGAAACUAGAAGUAUUAAAGGGGUGAGGGAGAAAAUUCACAUUCACCGUACCCUAUAUGGUAUCAUAGUCUAACCAAGACCUUCGAUCUAUCUUCGCUCCAGAACUCAACCGAACAUCAAGCAAGUUUAUGGUUUGUACGCGCUGGUGUAAUGCACCAAUCUACC